UGGACAGUACAGCAUCUACGUCAAGACGGACGACAGCGACGAGCCGAAGAAGGUCGGCAGCUACGAGAACCAGGGCAGCUUCGGCGAGCUGGCACUGAUGUACAACAUGCCGCGGGCGGCCACCAUCACGGCGGACUCGGAGGGCUCGCUCUGGGCCAUGGAUCGACAGACGUUCCGGCGCAUCGUGCUCAAGAACGCCUUUAAGAAGCGGAAGAUGUACGAGCAGCUGCUGGAGUCGGUGCCCAUGCUGAAGACGCUGGAGUCGUACGAGCGGAUGAACCUAGCCGACGCGCUGGUGCCGCGCACCUACAAGGACGGCGAGCUGAUCAUCGAGCAGGGCGACGACGCCGACGGCAUGUACUUCGUGGAGGAGGGCACGGUGCGCAUCAUGCGCGGCGAGCAGGGCCAGGACGAGGUGCAGAUCAACGCGAUCGAGAAGGGCGGCUACCUGGGCGAGCUGGCGCUCAUCACCAAGAACCCGCGCGCCGCCUCCGCAUACGCCGUCGGCGACGUGCGGCUGGCCUUCCUGGACCGCGAGGCAUUCGAGCGUCUGCUGGGCCCCUGCAUGGACGUGAUGAAGCGCGAGAUGGAGAACUACGAGGAGGAGCUGCAGAAGAUAUUCGGCUCCAGCGUCAACAUUUCGGACGUGCGAUGAGCCGGAGGCCAGCGGACUGGCCGGCCCGGCCCGCUCUGCCAUUCCAGUGUCUAGUCUCCGGCCGCGGCCGACCGACUGGAACGAUCCGGACAGCGUCUGUAGGGUUAUAUGGCGCGGUGGCGGGCCCCGGCGGCCCCGGCCACGUCGGCCGGCCGUGUUCACUGUUGUAGAGUAGGUUCAGUGUGAUGCCUUCGGGCGUGGUGUCCGGCGUCGGGUGGCCGCGGCCGCUGGCUGUCUCGUUCGCCUGCCGUCGGGUGAGUGCGUGCCGCCAGACUGCCUCCGCCGGCGCGGCGACAUAUUUUUGCACACGAAUGUGCCAAAGGGCGGCGGUGGCGGCGGCAGCAGCAGCGACAGGGAAGCCGUAGUGCCGACACAGAGAUCGAUGGCAGCCGCCAACCGGCCGUGACGAGCGCGGCGCACCGCCGCCGACGAGCUUACCGAGGCCAACCGAGCACGGCCUGCUACACAGACUGAGACUUGAACCCAGCGCUGCCCGAGGCGCUCUCCGCCCGGCGGCGGUGCCGUGGACGCGGCCGGAGCGCCGUCCG